UGUAUGUACAGUAUGUAGUGUAUAUAUUCAACUUUGGAAAAGAAUAUGCAAACUCGGGUCGAGUGGAAAGUGCAAUGUGGCCGGCCACUUGGAACUCGAUGGUACAUAGUUCUACGCUAAUUGGUACUUUGAAUCGUUGAUAACUUUUCCUUCCAUGCUCGGAGCUUGGACUUCGGCUUUCAAUGCGUUGUACAAGCGGAUAUACCCAUCCAGGUCCUGCGCCACCAUCAGCAGCUCGACUUCGUUCUCCGCUUCAGUAGCCUCAACGUCGACAUGCACCGUGCCAUUGGUCUCUCGCCUGCUAAACGUCGUCGCCAGGUCUCGUUUGGCUGAGGGGGAGCUGGAAUACCGUUUGCCCACCGUGACAUUGGACGUGUUUAGCUGGGACACGCCUUUGGAUGUCAUGGCUCGGAUAACCGACGGGUGCUCUGGGAGCCCAAACCGAAUCGUUUGGCUAGUGAGGAACCACUGAACGGUACAAAGCGAACGCACGGGAAUCAACACGACUUGGCCUUGGUACUCAGCCAUGUCGAUAAACGUGUACCCGACGUCGGCAAUGAUGGACGUGGAGUUGUACAUUUGCUGCCGACCGAGCGAAUUCUUGGCGACUUUGUGCCACCACUGGCGGUUCACGACCCAGCCCACCGUCAAGAUCACAAACACGUUGAUGAGCAUGAGCAGUACCAGGCUAGGGUACCCGCGAAAGAGAACGCUGUUGAAGAUGUUGACGGAGAUGCCUUCGAGCGACUGCGUGGACGACUCUAGGUUAACCGAGUCCAGCAAGCCAUAGUCGAGAAGAUUGUUGCGAGCUACGAAGAACAGCCCCGCAAUGUACACA